UGUGUAUACCUAUUCUAAUUCAUGCUCACCUUCGGGGGGCGUGGCUACAAUGGCGCAGUGGAGUGGUCUCUCUUGCUUAUUGCGAGUUUCAUCGAAGGAAGCCGUACAGAAUGUUCUUCGGGAAGCUUUUUCACACAGAAAUGAAUCAGUUCCGGAUGUAAUCCUGGCUUCUGCAGCCAAAAACAUUCAAAUAGAACCUCUGGAAGCAAAAGAGCUGUUCUCCAGUGCAUGCUUACUGGUGUCAUCGGUGCUUCAGUCUGGAGCUUUGGACAAAGAGUCUAUUGAAACCCUGUUUCCUGAUGACUUUCACAAUGACCUGAAGGGUCUACUCUCAGAGAUUAUAGCAGAGAGCAUGUGUGACUGGAAGAGACAUGCAAUGACUCAACAAGUGUCAUUGCCACGCCUCGAAAGCUUUGACUGGCGAGUGGACGUCAAGAUUUCCUCCACAGCUGCUGCCCGCAUGGCUGUGCCUACCUGCUUGCUUCAAAUGAAGGUGGACGGUGGAAGGGAGGACAGGAGGCGGGUGCCAGUAGCUCAAACUGUGAGUGUAGAGUUCUCCCCAGAGACACUGCACACCAUGCUAGAUGGACUGGGAAAGAUUCGCGACCAGCUGGCAUCUGUAGCCACAAAAUAA